AUGGCUUUUGCUUUAGGAACUCAUAUACUCAUCUUUGUAAGUUUACUCUCAAUAUUAGGGACCCCUUCCUCUUGUUUUAAACCAAAAAACCUUGUUAGUGUUGCUUCCAACUUCACAUCUGAUGCAGAUUGGCCAUCUACAAUGGCAACUUGGUAUGGAGCUCCAGAAGGCGAUGGAAGUGAAAGUGGUGCUUGUGGAUAUGGAAGAGCUGUUGGUGGCCCUCCAUACAACUCAAUGAUAUCAGCUGGAAACCCUUCCAUUUACCAAUCAGGCAAAGGCUGCGGCACAUGUUAUCAGGUGAAGUGCACAGGAAAUUCUGCUUGCUCGGGCAAUCCUGUUAGGGUAUUUAUAACUGAUUUGUGUCCUGAAUGUGCUCAUUAUUUUGAUUUGAGUGGCCAUGCUUUCGGUUCCAUGGCAAAGUCAGGUCAAGCUGACAACCUACGUACUGCUGGAAAAAUAUCAGUUCAAUAUGAAAGAUGCUAG